AUGUCGGAACCGCUCACAUUGCGACGGGAUAUCACAAGAGUAAUAGAAUUAUUAGAAAUACUUCAAAGAUGUCCUGAAAUUCAACCUUCCAAACUGGUGGCUCUCCAGAAGAUCCUUCAAUCGGAUUUCUGCAACAUGGUUCGGGAAGUCUAUGAACAUGUGUAUGCCACUGUUGAUAUUAAUGGGUCAGAGGAAGUAAAAGCCAGCGCAACCGCUAAGGCAACUGUUGCCGCAUUCGCUGCCAGUGAAGGACACGCCCAUCCCCGUGUGGUGGAGCUACCGAAAACUGAUGAGGGUCUGGGAUUCAACGUCAUGGGCGGAAAGGAGCAGAAUUCACCCAUCUAUAUCAGUCGCAUCAUUCCAGGUGGUGUGGCCGACCGACAUGGUGGGUUGAAACGCGGAGACCAACUUCUUUCCGUUAAUGGAGUUUCGGUAGAAAGUGAGCAUCACGAACGGGCGGUUGAGUUACUCAAGUUAGCACAAGGAACUGUCAAAUUGGUUGUUCGGUACACACCGCGAAUUUUGGAGGAAAUGGAGGCGCGGUUCGACAAGCAAAAGGCUCGCCGACGCCAGCUGAAUUAGUCUCGCUACUCACCUGAUCUUUUAUCUUUUCUCAAUUUGUUCAGCUUGCUACCCUACUCGAAUUGCUUUCUCGUUCUCCAAACUUUCUACUCAACGCCACAGUCUUCAGGUUGAUUUCAAACAUGGAAUGACUGCUUCCUUUGAAUGAUACUGAUGUGUCGGUGGUGCUUUUUAUUCCGUCGUCACAUAUUUGUCAAUUGCGUUCUACGCCACUGUAGUACAGGCAUGUGAUAUUGUUUCUCGAAUUACUCAUUCACGUCAACUCCCCGUCAUUCCUAAUUUUGCUACUGUAUUGCACCUUCCUCAUCUUGAUCAUAUAACCAUAUGAUUAUGUCUUUCUCCACAGACAGGGCUGAAUCUUGCUCAGCACUUCGCAGGGUUAUCGAAAAGCAACUUUCCCGUUUUCGGGUCGUUUACGUGAAUCUGCACGCUGUGUACCUACUACAGUUAACAGUGAAUUUCACUAAGUUGGGCAUGCGAGUUAGAGUGAGUAAUGUCGUAGUAGGCUGCAUUAUUUUUCCGUUACAUCUAUAUAGUUCUUCUGGAAUACUGUGACUCGUUUCCCA